AUUUCAAGCUUCGUGAGUGAUAGAGUUGCGACGAGCAGCUUCACUCGCCCCACGACAUCACGGUUAGAAUGAGAGCCGGCACUUCCUUGAGCUUUCUGGGCGCCUUCAGGAACUUGACUUUGACGUCAAGUUCAACAACUCAGCAGUCUCUGAGACCCUGCCUUGCGACUGCGACUCGACAGAUCCCGAUCAUUCACCAUGUCAGGCCCUUCUCAGCAACCGCAACAAUGGCCGGCAAUUGGCUGGAGCCUCGGUUGGAUCGAAAGAAAAAGAUGAUGAAGGGACGAGCCAGAGUCGCAACGGGUGGAUCUACGAAGGGAACAACUGUGGUCUGGGGUGAUUAUGGACUGCGAAUGAUCGACCACCACCGAAGGAUCAGUGCCGCGCAACUGCAGCUUGCCGAAAACACUAUUAAGCAACGAUUGCGCGGUGAGAAAUAUCGAAUAUAUAAGAGAGUUGCUUGUAACGUGGGUGUAUUCGUAAGCGGUAACGAAAUUCGUAUGGGUAAGGGAAAGGGAUCUUUCGACCAUUGGGCGACGCGAAUGGCAGUCAACCAGAUUGUGUUGGAACUGAAGGGAAUGGUGCACGAGCAGGUUGUCCGCGACGCUUUCCGGCUGGCAGGACAUAAGCUCCCUGGUCAAUGGGAGUUUGUCAAGAAGGGAGAGCCACCAGUUGUUGGUAUCACAAAGCUGACCGAUGGGGUGACAUUAGAGGGACUGAAGAGGCCAAGGAGGAAGAUCGAGGCAGAGAAAGUGCAACCUGUCCCUCCACCAAAGUCCGAAGCAGAGGGUAAGGGAAUACCUUCUGAUCUCCCCUAAACAACCUCUGAGGAGCGAUGUAAUAUCUGUAUGUACAAUUCCGUUGCAAAAAUGGUAAAUCUGCGACUACCCCCUGAUAUCCCGUGAAUUUCGACUGUUUGUGGUUGAGUAGCGAUGAUGAAUCUACCGUGUGAGGGAAGUUAGGAUUGCCUAAACUCCCCAAGUGCUA